GCAAACACCAGGAGCGUUGUUAAAAUUUGACUUGCCUUCCUUAGACGGUUAUUACGGUAAUAUGGAGCUCGCGCGUCAUCUGCUCCUCAGUGAGCUACCUUAAACUAAACUGCUAAUCUCGCUCAUCAUUCGCUUCAGUAUGUAGAGAGGAUGAGGCUUGGUAAUCUUGUAGUUUUUUUGCAUUUAAAUUAUACCCUACAAACAUGUUAGAUAUUUUUAAAGUCACGCGUUGUUGUGAUUAUGCUUCAUUUCUAAAAAAAAGAGUAACAUGCUAGCAGACAAGCUAAUGUAGCUGCUAAAUGUGGUUUUCAUUGCUAGCUGUCAACAGCCACCGACUAACAGCAUGGCAGACUCGUCGCCUUUAUCGGGGGUCAAUGUUGUGUUGGUCAUGGCCUAUGGGAGCUUGGUGUUCGUGCUUCUGUUCAUCUUCGUCAAGAGGCAGAUCAUGCGCUUUGCAAUGAGAUCCCGCCGUGGACCCCACGCGCCGAUUGGACACAAUGCACCGAAGGGUUUGAGGGAGGACAUCGAUGGCAGACUGUCCAAAGUCCAAGAGAUCCGCUUCGAACCUCGUCUCCUGUCAGAGGGGGAUGUGAGGCUAAGGCGGGGAUCCCAGCUAAGCUGCUACAACUAUCUGUACAGAAUGAAAGCUCUGGAUGCCAUUCGGGACUCUGGAAUUCCUCUGCAGGAGAUAAGUUGCAGUCCCAGUGCGUUCACGGGGCGCAGCUUCAGGAACUGGCUGCUGGAGCUCCGUAACUCCCACUCUCUGAUCAAGAGCAGCCGCAGCGCGCUCAUAGACCGCCUGCUGGAAGGCUACGACAGUGCUCGCCACGGCACCGGGGUUUUUGGAGAGGCAGAGUUUCUCGAAUACCAACACGCUCUGAAUGAACUGGUUGACGUCGUGAAGGCGUACUCCAGCAGCACCAGCCUGGAUCAGCAUCAUCAGUCUGCAGCCAAAGACCUGACGGGCUCUCCUGUGCGCAGCACCCCCUCCACCAUCCAGGUCACCUACCUGCCCUCCACAGGCCAGCGGAGCAAGAGGCCCAAACACUUUCUGGAGCUCAAAAGUUUCAAAGACAACUACAACACAUUGGAGAGUACGCUGUGAUGUGUGUGAGUGUGUGUGUGAG